UAACACAGGCAACAUCACGUCCAGUUCUACUGACUGUUGACCAGAGGCAAAAUCCACGUUGUCUCACUGUUUGAUCAAUAAGCACAACUAGCAUCACGUCCAGUCCCUCUGUUUGAACACCGACAACAGGCAACAUCACUCCAGUCCCACUGUUGACUACUGAAGAAAUUCACAUACCAGUCACAGCUCAUCAGUGAUGGCUAGCAGCAAGCCAGAAGAGUGUACAGUGUGUUUCAACAAUUAUGAUGAUCUACGACGGCCACAAUCACUGCCGUGUGGCCACACAUUCUGCUCACAAUGUAUUGAAGAUACAAUAAAGAAUGUUCAACUCAUCUGUCCCAGCUGCCGUACCGAGCACAGUGCCACAGCUGCUACUCAGUUCCCGAUCAAUUAUGGUCUGGAGGAAUUAAUAAAGAAUAUUAAAAGUAUGCAGCUCCCAUCAGUGGGAGCAGUGUCUGUAAAACCUGGCCAAGACCGUACAAGAGGCAUCAGUAAGAAGUUACGGUCUGUGGUACAGGAGCAUAAGAGCAGUAUCAGUAACCUUAUAAGUGAGUGUGAAGAAGUACUCUCCCAGCUGGGCAAGUACCAGGGUCAGGUGAGAGGCUGGAAGACUCAGCAUCACCAACUGCAGGACAAACUCUUUGAUCUGGUGAAGCAGAACAAGGCAGCACUAAAGCUCCUGGAACAGGAAGAUACCAGUGUGGUGAAUAUGACAACGGAAGGAGAGGCAGGAAAGAAGCAGCUGCAGAUCAUGCUGGAGUGUCUUGACACAGUCAACACUGCACAGGAGGUUGUCACAACCAUUAAUGAAGCUGAUCAGUACAAUGUGGAGGCUGAAGAUUGGAUCCAGAAGUGUCAGGAACUUUUCCCAGACAUCAAUACCGUCUGCACCUCAGUCAAGGUGCAGGAGACUAUCAAGAAUGCUCUGGACUUGGUGGUCAUGGAGACAGGUGACACAGAUGUCCCCAGCUUCCUGGAAGAGUCUGGCUCCACCAUAAUGGAGAAGGUUGAGAGAAUUACUGGUGAAAUUUCUCUGAAGACGUUAACUGUUGAUCAUCUUCGUGGGAUGAGUAAGAACUUCAAGAGGCUGGUGGAGGCUGGCUUGGUACUGGGUGUCCAGCAAGACCAACAUGUCCUCCGUCACUCCAAGAUAACUUUACAAGAUGGUCAACUGUAUCUCCACUCUCUCCAGCAUCAAACACCACCCACCCACGCCCACACUAUCCAGGUGAUGGAGGUGAUGAAGGCGCUGGAGUCGUCCUCCAGCCGGAUAUUUCUUGACCUGGCCUGGCCUGGCUCCACCAGAGGAAGACUCCACAUCCAGCUGAAUACUGACACCUUACUGGCCAAACAGUUUAUGUUGUUGUGUACUGGACAGCAGCAGUCAGGCUCCUCCUUCCUCAACACUAAACUGUUAGGGGUGUGGAAGAAGGGUGAGCCAGGGGAGUGUGUAAGGGGUGGAGACUACCAGUACAAUAAUGGUAGUGGAGGAGCACCAUUACUGCCUCACCAGCAUGAUCUCCAGUACCAGAAGUCAGGCAGAGCUGGUGCUGUGUGGUCAUGGUGGGAGCCAUGCAGUGACAAGAGCACACAGUUUGGCAUCACCACCAGGGACUGCACACCUGGUAGCCAGUGGUUGUGUGUCUUUGGUGAGGUAGUGAGUGGUCUGGAUGUGGUGAGAGCAGCUGUCAACCACAGUGACAUCUCGAAGGUGACUGUGGUGGACUGUGGUGUUGUCUUGACUCUCUAGUUCACUCUACCAUCACUACUGUCACCAUCACUGCUGUCACCAUAACUACAGUGGUGUGUCAUCACUAUAAUGCUGUGUCACCAGUGGCACCACCAUCACUACAGUGGUGUCAUCACUAUAAUCCUAUGUCACCAUCACUACAGUGGUGUGUCACCAUCACUUCAGUGGUGUGUCACCAUCACUACAGUGGUGUAUCACCACUUCAGUGGUAUGUCACCACUUCGGGUAUCAUCGCUAUAGUGGUGUGUCACCAUCACUACAGUGAUGUAUCACUACAGUGGUGUGUCUCCAUUGCUUCACUGUUUUCACCAUCACUUCUGUGGUAUCACCAUCACUACAGUGGUGUUACCAAUUCAGUGGUAUCACCGUCUCUACAGUGAUGUGUCCCCAAUUCAGUGGUAUCACUACAGUGGUGUCACCAUCACUAGUGGUAUGUCACCAUCACUACAGUGGUGUGUCACCACUACAGUGUCAUGUCACCAGCACUAGAGUGGUGUGGCACCACUACAGUGCUAUGUCACCAACACUACAGCAGUAUGGCACCAUCAUUGUAGUGGUGACACACCCAUCCUGUGGAUGGCAGUCUAAAAAGACUAUAAUGGUACAUAACAGGUCCAGGAACUAGACCUCAACAUUUUAUUAACUAAGCAAGACACAUAAACAUCACAAUAAAACAUAUUGUUAGAGACACACAGGUCGUAGGAACUGACAAAACAACUCUGUUGAUUACGUGCUUCUAAGGUUGUGAGUUAUCAACAGUAAGUUAUCAACAGUAAGUUAUCAACAGUAAGUUAUCAACAGUAAGUUAUCUACAGUAAGUUAUCUACAGUAAGUAAAGUUAAGGCAUUUGUUCCAGGAAUUUCUGGCAGUGCAAUUAUGAAUGAUAUUUUUAUCAAUUCCUUAAAUAUUUGUCAGUAAACUCUCUCUGAAAUUGUUAGUAUUCAAAUACAGCUGUAGUUUAUUUAAAUAACUGUUGACAAAGUUUAUGUUAAUAGAUCUACAGAAACAUACUGUACAUUCUACAAAGUUUAUGUUAAUAGGAUCUACAGAAACAUACUGUACAUUCUACAAAGUUUAUGUUAAUAGGAUCUACAGAAACAUACUGUACAUUCAUUAUUCUUGAUAUUAUUGUAAACUCAUUCCUUCUGCUAUGCUUCACCAUCACAAUGUUGGGCUCCAUUACCUGGACCUGAGAUUUUUUAACUUCUACUC